UAUGGUCUUAUGCCUAGUAGCAGGUUUCUCAUCUCUCUCGGCGUCGGCGAUCAAUGAAACCGGAAAACCUAAUACAGAGUCAUCGGAUAACCCAAAAGUGCACCACCGGUUGUCCAAUCCUAGACCGUUUCCUCGCCGGCGGUUUAUCCUGCAACUCCCUAACCGAACUCGUCGGCGAGAGUUCUUCCGGCAAAACCCAAAUCUGCCUUCAACUCCUCAUCUCCGCUCAACUACCCAUCUCCCUCGGCGGCCUUUCCGCCGCCUCUCUCUAUCUCUGCUCCGAACUUCCAUUCCCCUUUCGCCGUCUCCAACAACUUUCUGUUUCAUUUCGCUCCGCAUAUCCCCAGGUUUUCUCAUCCUACGAUCCCUGCGAUAAUAUAUUUGUUGAGGCCGUUCAUUCUGCAGACCACCUGUUUGAUAAUUUGCUCAAGUUUGAUUCUCUAAUUUCGAAAAAUUCGUCAGCCCAGUUUCCUGUUAAGGUUAUUAUUAUUGAUUCAAUUGCUGCUUUGUUUAGAUCUGAAUUUGAUAAUACCCCGUCUGAUUUGAAGAGAAGAUCUUCGUUGUUCUUUAAGAUUUCUAGUAAACUGAAGUAUUUGGCGAAUAGGUAUGAUCUAGCUGUUGUUAUUACUAAUCAAGUUGUUGAUUAUGUGGCGUCUUCGGAUGGUAUGAAUGGGUUGAGAAUUGGUAAUUUAGGAUGUUUGUAUUCAUCUGGAAGAAGGAUUUGUCCUGCUUUGGGUUUAUCUUGGGCAAAUUGUGUAAAUUCAAGACUGUUUUUAGCGAGAAAUGAUGAGAUAAUUGAUCAUCGAGAUGGAUUUGAGCAACGUUCGAGAACAAGGCGACAUCUUUAUAUCAUAUUCUCCCCUUAUUUGCCGGAAUCAUCUUGUGAGUUUGCUGUUCUUAGAGAAGGGGUUUCUGGAGUUCAAGCAACGUCAUGUCAAAUUUAAGGCGUUCUUAAUUGGAAUUUACAAAUGUUUUGUCAACCCAUUACAAGACACAAACACCAUUUCUACAUGUAAUUUUCAAAAAAGUAAUGAUAAGGUUCUCUUUAAAUUGUAGCAUAAUCAAGGUACCUUUGUGACUUCCACACUACAAUCAUACAUUAUAUUGUUUGAGAAGAUCUAAUUUCCUCUACUCAUCUUAAACAU